AGGACAUGGAAGUCAUUAUGGAAACCCCGCGUCUCUCUCUCUCUAGAUUUCUCUUCCAAUCAAAUGGAAUCACAGAGACACCUUUAUUCUCUCUAUCUUUAGGCGCUAGGGUUUGUUCCUUGUUGUGAGAGUUUCGGAGUCGAGGAGCUUCUGGAUGAGUUAAUUUUCAAUGCUCGAUCUGUUGUUGCCUCUCUAUGUUUCAAUUAAUUACGGAUUUCGACAUGUCUAGAUCGAAACUAGAAUGAGCCAGGCUGAAGUAUCAAGGAUGAGGCCUUCACUUGUUCCGCUUGCGACCUUGCUCGGUCGUGAGAUGAGGAAUGAGAAGGUUGAAAAACCUUUCAUUAAAUAUGGGCAGGCUGGUUUGGCAAAGAAAGGGGAGGAUUACUUUUUGAUAAAAGUUGACUGUCAGAGGAUUCCAGACAACCCUUCGACGUCAUUUUUUGUCUUUGCGAUUUUUGAUGGGCAUAAUGGUAUAUCGGCCGCUAUCUUUGUGAAGGAAAAUUUACUGCGUAAUGUCUUGAAUGCCAUUCCCCAGGGCAUUAGUAGGGAAGAAUGGCUUCAAGCUCUACCUCGGGCACUAGUUGCGGGUUUUGUUAAAACUGAUAUAGAGUUUCAGCAAAAAGGGGAAACUUCUGGGACAACGGUGACUUUUGUUGUGAUUGAUGGGUGGACUGUGACUGUUGCGUCUGUGGGGGAUUCUCGAUGUAUAUUGGACACACAGGACAGCGUGGUUUCUCUUUUGACUGUUGAUCACAGACUAGAAGAGAAUGUCGAAGAGAGGGAACGUGUCACUGCAAGUGGGGGUGCAGUAGGAAGGCUCAAUUUUUUCGGGGGCAAUGAGGUUGGCCCUCUCCGGUGCUGGCCUGGUGGAUUAUGCCUUUCGAGGUCCAUUGGUGACACGGAUGUGGGAGAGUUCAUUGUCCCAAUACCACAUGUCAAACAAGUAAAGCUUUCAAAUGCUGGAGGAAGGCUUAUUAUUGCUUCAGAUGGCAUCUGGGAUGCUCUAUCCUCAGAUGUGGCUGCCAAGUCUUGUCGGGGUUUACCUGCUGAGCUUGCUGCAAAGCUGGUCGUUAAGGAGGCUCUAAGAUCAAGGGGCCUGAAGGAUGAUACAACCUGCCUGGUUGUUGACAUAAUACCAUCUGGUUAUCCUGUUUUACCUGCGACACCGAUGAAAAAACAGAAUGUGCUUAGUUCACUUAUCUUUCGGAAGAGGUCUCAGAAUUCUUUAUAUAAAACAAAUAAGCCAUCUGCUGUUGGAGUUGUGGAGGAGCUGUUUGAGGAGGGCUCUGCCAUGCUUGUGGAAAGGCUGGGUAAGGAUUUUCCUUCAAAUGAAGAUUCUGGAUUAUUGAGAUGUGCAGUCUGCCAGGUGGAUCAAACCCCAGCUGAAGGUUUGCCAGUGAACUCUGGUACAUUUUUUUCACCUCCACCUAAGCCAUGGGAAGGUCCGUAUUUGUGCACAAGCUGUCAAAAAAAGAAGGAUGCCAUGGAAGGAAAAAGGCCAGACCUGCAUUGACCUCAUAGUUUUAUAUCUGGUAACAGAGUAAAUGUUAAUAUUAUUCUCUCUUUGGCAGUGUGAGCAUGGUUGGUUUUACUUGCUUCGUGAUUUUAAUACCCGUAAGAAAUGAGGUAUGAGUUAGUACAGAGUAGGGUUUUGCUUCCCAAUUGUUUGUGCCAGUUCUGGUUUGUGCUCCGCUGCUCUACCGACCGACAGAACGAACUGCCAUCUGAUAGAUAUGCUUUGUGUUGGUUUGAUUGCUAACAGCUUGAAUAUGUAAUUACGAACGAAGAUUUAUUGGUGCUGUGUUUAUUGUGGCUGCUUUAUAUAUGCCUAAUUGGGUAAAAUACACAUUCCCUUUGGUUUUGAAUA